AAAAUAUCCUUUCUCUUGCCACAUUAGAGAUUGGGCUUUUAAAAUUGGAUUUAGAGGUAAGGUUGUACUUUUUGUGGCUGAAACUCGCAGCUGCUACCACCACUGGCAACCUGCAACCUGCAACCCAUCCUCCCCAACGUUCCCUCUCUAUCCCGGCAUAGUACAGUAACCCAUCUUUACUAGUCACCUCACCUUCGAUCGAUCCAAGCUUGUUGAUGCCUACUAUAGCUAACCCCAGCAAGAAAGGUUGAGGAGGACUAAGCCAUCAGAUAGAUCAUAGUGAUUGUCGUCUCUGUGGACGAUCGAUCCUUCGUUUCGGGUUUGUUUUUAGAAAUUGAGGGAAAAAGAAACAAAAAUGGCCCUCGACUUUUUCCACAACCUGUGGGGAGCCCUUGAGGAUUUGGACAAGGAGCGUACUUCAGCUCCCAACAUUGUGUUUGAUCCGCACCAGCAAAUUUUGGACAGUUAUCGACAAUGUGUGGCUCGCCAGCUCUUGAUGCAAAUGACUCGUCCCCAACAAGAUUUGGAGUCGGGGCCGGUUUCUGUUGCCUGGGGAGCCCAUAGUCUGCUGCAGACCACCACGACCGUGGCGGCCGACAGCAAGGGCCGUAUCGGUCGACGCCGCACUCGCAUCAGUUUGAUUACCGGCAAGGAACUCUCCAUUCGACAACGAUUGGGAUGUCUCCUGGUCAUUGAAGCCAUUUGUGGAAUGUACGGGGGCCAACAAAACAAGGCCGAUUCCCCUCUCUUUCCCUUGUUGGUCGAAAACACACUCAAGAGCAUUCAACAAUUGACACAAGAUGGACCUCCCAAUAUGCAAGCCGAAGGAUUCCUAGAUCCUGCCAUUUUGGAAAAACUCGUAGAGUCCUUCUUGCCAAACAUGUUGGGGAACUCCCAAAACUACCAAAUAUUCGUGGAUGAACUUCUCGCGGGAAAGGGUGUCAGCAAGGAAACCAUGUCCGUCCUCGAAGAGGCCAUUCAGCAAUACACAACAUCGGUCGUAUAUAAUGAUGAAAACUACAUUCCGCCUCUUAUUGUAGCCAAAGAAGACCAUGAACUGGCGGAACUCAAGAGACUGCUGGAUAGCAAAGAAAAGGAAUAUGCCAAAGCCAAAAAUACCAAUGCGGACGAUAUUAUCAUCACUUCUUCGCAGAUCCUACCUAUCAAACCAGAGUCUCUCAUGCGUCAUCCGAUGCCACCCUUGGAGGCGCCCUUUGCGAGACCCAUGCCACCGCCCAUGAUACCUCUCUUUGGAUUUGAGAGUCAAGAAGAACCAUUGACCGAAGAAGAAAAAACUGAUCUUUUGGAAGUCUUGCAUGCUGAACUCAUUUGGUUGACACCCAACAACCUGCGUCUCAUGCUCAUUCCAGAAGACGAAGACAAGGAAGAUCAAGAAGCCAAAGAACUACAGUUUCGAAAGGUACUACAACUCAUGAAGACGCAGGCAUUCCAAAAAACACUGGCUCCCAAUGACCACCGGACGGUAUUGGAAAUGCUCAACAGUGAUUUGGUCAGCAAACCGGACGAAGAAGAGGACGAUGACGAAGAAGACGACGAGGAAGAUGAUGAUGAAGACGUUAUUCCCAGUAGACUCAUUCAAGAAUCCGGUCUGACACCCCAGAAUCUACCCAAAUUGGUCGAGCAGAAUCCUCUCAUUGCCCAUGAAUGCCUCUUGCGAGUCCUUCCCAAUGAACAAGAGGAUGUCAAGAACGAGUACUUGUCGGCGCUGGUGGGGAUGGACAUGAGUUUGCACAGCAUGGAAGUCGUCAAUCGAUUGGCCAUGCACAAUGUCUCGACGGACGACGACGAAGAAGAUGACGACGACGAUGAAGAACCCAUUCUUCAUCCAGAGUACAUUAGUCUAUUCAUCUCCAGUUGUAUUGCCAGUUGUGAGAACAUGCAAGACAAGCAUGCUCAAAACCGAUUGGUUCGUUUGGUGUGUGUCUUUAUUCAAAGUCUUCUCAGGAACAAGGUGGUUCGUGUCGAGGACAUUUACUAUGAGGUCCAGUCUUUCUGUGUUGAAUUCUCGCGAAUUCGGGAAGCGGCGUCACUGUUCAAACUACUGAAAGCAAUGUAAUAAGCAGGGAAGAGGAGUACAGUAACAACCAAGCAAUAAGGUAGUAGGGCAAAAUGGAUGGAGAGACAUUGCAUUGGUGAAAGAGAAGGUAUAAAAUUAUAGUCUUAAUCAUCGAGCGGGCUUGAAACAAUAAAAGUACUGGUAUCUGUAUUUCGUUGCGGGGCCGUGCCAGUCAUCAAAGGUCCAAGCA